AUGGGAACUCCGAGCGCAAGAGAUAUCAUCCACGUAAACAGAACAGAGCUAGGCAUUCCGCGUUCCGCAGCAUCGGGAUGGCGCGACGGUAAGCGGAGAAAAAGCAAAGAGGAAGGUACCUGCCUCCGUUUGCGAGCAGCUCCGAACGAGGUUUUGUGCUCGCCCGCGCGAACACAAACACCUUGCCAAUCAAUGUGCACCGUUACGGUGCUUUCUACCACUCCUGUGACUCCUGCUGAUCUGGUCUCUUUGAGACGAAGUAGGCAGAGAACAAGCUUCCCACCGUUCGCUCAGCAGAUCCCAGAUCUUCCUGCAGAGAAGACGCAAGAGACAGCAGAAGCCGCAUCGCCAUCUCGUUCAAUUCCGCAUCGUUCCGCGGCCGUAGUCUGCACGUGCCACUCUGCCCGCGGGUAUCGUCCAACGGCCGCGGCGCGAGCAGGUCUGCACGAUACCGCUGGUUCCGGCCCUGGGGCGCCAUCUGAUAGCGGCAACGGCGGCAGGACAAUUGCGGAACACAGCGGCGCAACGAUGGCGGGGCAGAGAACGAGAACGGUGAGCGAGCGAGAGCAGAGCGCACGAGUACAGAGCGAGAUUAACGCCGAUAGCCCAGCCAGCGUCUUUGUUAUGGCCAGCCUGCGUCUGGCCGAGCUCGAUAGCGCUGCCAUGUCAGUCAUCGUCGUCGACGGGACUAGCGAAUGUUCAAAGACAACAGAACAGCACGUCACAGCACCAAAACUCGAAAUCGCCAGCCUAAUCAGAUAG